CUUAUCAUACUGUAGAUCAGAGAUUGAUGAGACUAACUUCAAUGAUGGCAAAAGGAUCUAUAUGAAUCAGCUAGACACUUAUCCACCACUAGAUGAAGGAAGCACAUUUUCAAAAUUUCUGUAUAUUGAGCAACUAUUCCACAAGAAUCUGAAUGCGAAAGAUAAAGAGAGCAUGUGUGAGAAUGUUCUCUUAACAUCUUAUGUUUGCAAAGAAAGACCUCUUCUUAACCAUCUCUUUAAGGCAAAAGUUCCAUGCACAAUUAUAAAGGAGCCUAGAGGCAAGGGGAAGGGAAGAGACCCUGUACAGGAAUUCAAGCAUUGCCGAUUUAUUAUUCCUCUUAAUAGGAUAGGCUUUGGAUGUUUUCAUCCAAAGAUAAUGUUCAUCAGGUUUGAGAAUUCACUCAGAUUGGUGAUUUCUUCAGCAAAUUUAUAUGAAGUUGACUGGGCUCAGUUAGGGCAAGUUAUUUGGUUCCAAGACUUCCCAAGGAACGUUGAUGAUAAUGCACAAGAGAAUGAUACUCUUGAGGUGUUGGAAAGCUUCUUAGAGAGCUGUGUUGAUGAAGAUAGUAAAGAAAUGCUGAUGGAUUUAUCAACUAAGCAGUACCAAGAGUUUGAAUGUCCUACGAAUAUCGAGGAUAUUAAAAUUACUCACUUUGUGAGAGGAGGUUUGAACCUAUCAGAUUAUGAUUUCAAUUCAUGUUCAGUCAGAUUUAUCCCUUCCAUAAAUGGUCAAAUCAAAUCAGAUGAAAAAGAGAAAUACGGUCUUUAUAGAUUUGCAGACUUGAUAUCUCAAAAUGAAUCUGUUAAUAUAAAAGACACAUCUAAGAUUAUCUAUCAAUGUACAAGUUAUGGAAACCUUAAGAAAGAGUAUCUUGACAAAUAUGUAGAUACUCUUACUGGAAUGAUAGAUACAGAUGGGCUAUCUCUCCCUGAAGUCACAGAGAGGCCAGAGUUGAAAUUGAUUUAUCCAACCCAAGAUUAUGUUGACAAGAUCAAAGAAAAGAACAAACGAGAAGUAAAUUGCUUGAAAAUGAAUGAGAAAAAGUGGGUAAAUAAUCCUGAAUAUCCAAAAGAGAUGUUUUAUAAAUUCGAUGUUCUUGAUCAGUAUAAGCCUGACCAUGACUUAAAUCCGCACCAUACCAAGGCAAUAGUCAUUACAGAUGGUGAAUCUGAUGACAUCAAGCCGAUUUGCAUCUAUAUUGGGUCUCAUAACAUGUCUGCUGGAGCAUGGGGAACAAGAACUGUUACACAAGAAAGCGAUGACGUUCAAAUGACUAAUUACGAGUUUGGAGUGGUGUUCUUUCCUGAUGAAGAUGGCACACUGGACAGAGUUUACAACUCCUUCAUGCAUAGUUGCACUCCUGAGAAAUAUUCUGAAGAUGAUAUGCCUUACAUCAUCCAGCACAAACUUAGGAAGUCUCAGAUUGAGAAGUCAAAGAAGCAGGAACAAGAAGAAGCCAAACAAACAGAAGCUUGCUAGACUGCUGAA